AUGUAUUUAUCCCUUAAGGGUAGGCUUCUAGUUGAUGGGGCCAUUGUUGUGAAUGAAUUGGUGGAUUUAGCUAAGAAUAGUAAAAAAAAUUGUUUCAUGUUUAAAGUAGAUUUUGAGAAAGCAUACAAUUUGGUUAACUGGUCUUUUAUGGAUUAUAUGCUCUCUCAUUUUGGUCUUAAUAUUAAGUGGAUAGGUUUGAUCUGUGCUUAUGUUUUCACUAGCAAUCUUACAAUCUUGGUUAAUGAUUUCCUGACCCAAGAAAUUAGCAUCCAAAAAGGGUUGAAGCAAGGAGAUCCAUUGGCUCCUUUCCUUUUCCUCAUGGUAGCCGAAGGUCUUAGUGGGUUGUUCUCUAGGGCUGUGGACAAACAAAUUUUCACUGGUCCCCGUGUGGGCUCCUCUGAUUUGGUGGUCUCCCAUCAUCACUGUAUGGAUGACACGAUCAUUAUGGCGAAGGCCUCUUAUGAUAAUAUUUGGUUUAUUAGGACUAUUCUUCGUGUGUUUGAGCUAGUUUCAGGAUUGCGGGUGGAUUUUGUCAAGAGUAAUCGUAUUAGUUCCAAUCCUGCUUUCCUUGGCCUAGCAUGUGAUUAUCUUCACUAUCAGCAAAAUUCUCUCUCGUUUAAGUAUUUUGACCUCCUAGGGGUGAAUCUGCGCUUGUCUUCUACGUGA